AUAGCUGAUCAGUCUGCGAGUACACGUUGGCCGAGCCGGUUCUAGUAGCGUUAAGAAACGUCGUUGUCACGGUCGAGUUCUAGAGUGUGCACAGGAAGAAGCAAGUGACAGGUGCGAUCAGCGAGCGUGAUGAGGAUUGUUGCAAAAAACGCGGUGUUCUAUUUUAGAUCCUAACAGCCUUCGUGGACGGGUGUGUGUGUGUGUUCCCGCGCGUACAAAAGCCGAGUGAAACAGGAGAAAAUAUUUAAAUAAUUUUCACUUUCGCGCGGGUCUCCUUCUUGGCGGGCAAAUAAAGACGUCCACCAAAUACGUCGUGUCGUGUCAAGAAGAGUAAAUAUGAUUUUUCGAUCGUUUCUGGUGACGUGUGAUUGAAGUGUUAUCUACCCUAGACAACAGUCUACCAGUACGUGUGUGGGAAGAAAACAACAAAUAGAAGGUUCAAGUGUCCAAAAUAACAGUGUAUUUGCGACGUGGGGAAUUGCUUUCCGACACAAGUGAAGGAGCAAGCUAUAUAUAUAUACCGUUCGCGUGACGCACGUUUUGUCGUGAAACGAAAGAUCUCAUUGUUAUGAUUUGUGUUUGCGAUAUCAGGUUUAGCUAAAUCGAAAAAAGAAAAUGCCGCUGUAUUCCGAGUUGUAUCACAAUUUUAUCGGCAAUGCACCUGUGAUUCCGUCACCGAUCUUGUCACCGAUGCCGUCCAGCUCAUACAUUGCGCCGAGUUAUGUGGGCGUUUCCCGUUCCUACGGAAAUCCUAUAACAGCCACUCGAACGCCAUCUUUUUCACGAGGCUACGUCCCGAAACUAACCCCAAUCACAGAAACCCCUCGCAGUCGUAUAACGGGUCUGACCCGUCUCAAUUCCCCGAAAUAUCUCCCAUGUCAUGCUUCACCGACUUACCAGAAGCCGAGACGUGUCAUCAACACAGCAGAUAUCGACGUAUCCGCGAGUCGCUAUGCCAUCCGAGAUAUUACACCGAUUCGCGAUCGAUAUCCAUCAUCAUCCCCGACUUCAUCGAUAUCCCCGGACCCCCUUACCUCAUCCAACAUAAGCGUUCGUGAGCAGGAACUCAUCGAACGAAAUGAGCAACGGAAGGCCCGUUCCGCUAUCAAUCGGAACCGAGCAGUCGUUCGACUCAACACUAUGCGCGCCCGUAGCAAAUCUCGUGGCAGUCGUGGUAGUACCGAGCGAAAGUCCCCUCAUCGAACGGACUCGACGGAAAGUUCUUUUCAAGAGGAUACUCUAUAUCGUGACACUCAACCCAAAACCACCUCCUGGCGGGACCAGUUUCGUGGUGAAUUAACUCUUCAGUCGAAGAAAGUUGAAUCCAGCAAAAGCCCUGGUGAACUGCUACUCGAAAAACAUCUAAUCCGUGACGAUGACGAAACUCCUUUGCUGAUCGAGGACAUUGUUUAUAAAUCACCGGUCAUGAAGCGGAGAGCUACUGUUCGACGAAAGAGUACUGCAAAAAUUCCUAGUUUCCAUGAAAUUUGCUCCGACAUUAGCUCGGACAAGCUUGAUGAUGAUCUUAACGCGGGUGAGCUGCGUCGUCGAGCUUCCCAGAUUAUUGAAGAUGAAAUUGCUCAAUUUCAACAAGAAUUACACGAAGCCAACGGAAUCAUGAAUGAUCAGUUGGAGGAACGUCUCAAGUCUGCUCUAGAGCAGCAGAUAACCGAGUCCGAUGUGCAGUUUCCUGAAAAGAAAAAAAUAAAAAAGAUUAAGCGAGCUCGAAGUAAGCCUCUGCCGAAAAUUGAUGUCGACAAUAAUGUGGUGUACGAUCAGCCCAAGUCGGCGAUCACAAUUACCGCAGAUAGUCCGAUUAUCGAAAAUAUGCCUACUUCCAAAAUCACGGCCCAGGUGGAAGCUGUCGAAGAAUGUGCCGUGUUCAAACUGCCCAAGAAAAAGAAGAAAGUGUCAAGUGAUUCAUCUCCUGAAAGUGGCGAGAGCCAGCCUAAAAAGACGCAGAAAAAGACAGAUCCUGUUGUGGUGGAGCAGAGUAACAUUGUGGCUCCAGUUCGGAAAGUUGAAGUAUCUGUAGUUGGACAGGUGGAACCAAGAGUCGGCGACACGACACUUGGCGAAUUGGCACAACGAAGAAAAGCCCAGGAACUGCAGCGAAAGAUGGACACGCUUUCGAAGCUCGGUGGAAAAAAGGCACCUGUAGAUACGGUACUGAAUCUUCCAGCUAGGACUGCUGAAACUGAUCCUGCGGUUGAGAGGGAAAUUGAGCAACUUGAGCCACCUAAACAGAAGAAGCUUGAACCACCUGGAAAGAAGGUUCCAGGGAUUUCGGCAGAACGUAAAAAAACGCAAGAUUUAGAGAAAAAGAUUGAAGCGAUAGCCAAACUUGGUGAAUCGAUGGAUUUAGCUAAUAUUUGGGACCAGUGUGCUACAGCUACCGCCACAGCUACGAAUGUCGUGAAAAAGUUACCUACCGGGGCUAACCAGGAACAGAGGUCAACAAAAUUGGACAUGUCGGAACAGCUGUUAGAAAUCCCAACUAAAAUCCCGGAGAAGAAAGUUCUAAAAGAUCUACAGAAAAAAGGUGGAGCUUCUUCGAAUUCAAACAACAAAAAGGUUCCAGAACCGCAAACAAAAACGAAACCAGACGAGAAGACUGAAAAGAAUGUUAAAAAUGAGCGAACUAUAUCACCUCCCGGUACGAAGUUAACAAAAUCAUUGGAGAAAGAAAUUGUUAUAGCGAAAGUCCAAACUGGGGGCAUCGAAAAGAAUGAAUAUCCAAAGGAUGAUAAGAAAGAGACUGAAAUUAAACUAUCAGCUGCUACUGAACAGCAAACGUCAAACGUUAUUGCAGAAAAUAUUUCCGUUUCUGAAAUAAAGGCCCAAGGAGUUUCGAAAUCAAUACUAAAAUCAAGUUUAGCGCCAGUGAACGUUGACAACAAUCUUGAAAAAUCCGACAGUAAGAAGACUCCAGAUGAUACAAGAUUACUACCAGUCGCUGCACCGGACCAUGUCAAACUGGAAUCAACAAAACCUAAGAUUUGUACCAAAUCUUUAUUAGAAACUAAUAAGGUAAAAGAUAACAUUUCGGACGGUGUCGUACAGAAAGUUGUGCAGACACAAGAAAAACCGAAAGUUGGCUCUAAGUUACCAGAGAAGAUCACCGCUCCUGAAUCGUCAGUAUUUACAUCUAAUGCUCUUCUUGAAGCUCAGCUAGAAUCUCCGAAAUCCGUCUCUCCUACAUCAAAAGCCUUCGAACCUCCGAAAAUCAAGCAAAAACAGGAAGAGUUCCUUAAACCAAUUCUGAAAUCAAGUAAAAAUCCCCCGGAUAUUAAAGUACCUUCCCAGGAAGAAGAAGACUUCUGGGGAAAUCUUGGAACGAGAGAAACUAUUGCGUUCGCUCGAAGGAAGCAAAACAUCGAGCGCCGCAACCAGUUAUUUCUUCUCAAGUUCAGUACGAUGGAAGAGGACAGUGAAGAAGUUCCCCCGCCAAUCGACAAACCGAAGGAUACAGCUAAGUCAAAGAGCACACCCGCUAAAAAGUUGAUGGCAUCACCGGCAGUGUCGGAAGCCGAGCAGUCAGUACCACCACCAAUGUCGAAACCAAAAUGCGACGAGAUUACCACUGUUGGACGGUCCCGUGAAUUAGAAACAGCCAAGGAAAUCCCUAAUGAGAGUGUCCCGAAGAAAGCUUUCGUGGUUACACCUGUAAAGCUUGAUGAAUCGCCGGAAAGCCGUAGGGAAAAACAAGUUCCUUUCAAGCCUCCAGAAUCCAGUAAAAUAAUGAAGGCAGGCGAAGAACCAAAGCCCAUUGGACAGAAGAAGUCAACUUCCGACUGCAACUCUCUUGAAGAAUCAUCAACCAGUCCCAAAGAGAAGCAAGCCCCAAUACAAUUGGCAGAUAUCAAAAAAUCUCUCACGUCAGUGAACGAUCUGCAAGCUACGUCAUCGAACAAACUAAUUGCCGAUGGGAAAUCUCUGAAGGUCGUAACAGAUGAUCAAAACAAAACUCCAUCAAAGCAUGGAGAGAUUGAUAAAAUUGUAGUGUCAAAAGUUUCUGAACAUCCGGAAGCACAAAAUCUAAACACAGAAGACGAAACGGUAAAAGAACCCCCAAUGAGUCCUAAAGAAAAACCAGUACUACCCAAGAUAGCCGCUCUGAAAAAGACACUGGCAGUAGGAGGCGUUUCCAAGGAACCUUCGAAGAUCUUGAGCAAGAAAUCCGUUGAAGAGGACGAGAUGCUCAAAACAGUACCACAACCGAAGCUAGCGACGACAGACGAGUCUCCGAAACCAGCCCGGAAAGUUUUCGGUUUUAAAAAGACUCCAGCUGAAGAAGAAUCCACGAAGCAGUUGUUACCAACAAAGAACUUGGAAAAUCCCCCCAAACAACCGACUCCGGUCGUCAAAGAUCUACUAGCACCAUCCAUACUCGAUAAUCAACAAACCCCCGUGCACCAAUCAAACACUAAUCUAAAACCCUUCACAGAAACUGAUCCGACGGUAUCGGCAGAAACACCUAAAAAACUGUCACCGAAGGAAAUGGUCAAAGCUGUAGCACCAACGAUCGCGGCCGCUGCCGAGAAAAGGCUUGCACAAGCGCAGAAGACGUCCACUGAGUCGUCCACAGUUUUGAAACAGGAAAAUACUACCGACAAACCGGAAACUCCGAAAAAGACUGGGCCCAAGCCGCAGGCGGCUGUCGAACCCUCACCGAAGAAAGCAGCCAACGGUAAUGAGGAAGACGAUCCCACUACCAAGAAACCAUCGAGUGGUGGCGGUGAGAAAAAGGUAAAGAUAGUUAAGAAAGUGAUAAGAAUAGUUAAAACGAAGGGAAAUGCACCGCCGGUAUUGGAUGCAGCUGCCAAGGCCGAAGCUGACCGACUCGAAGCCGAGCGUAAGAAACAGCAAGAAAAUGUCGAAAAAAUGAAAGCAAAGGUAAACCAGAUUACAUUGAACAUGGGCGUUAAACUCGAGGUGGAAAUAAAAGAAUGUACAAAGUGCCAACAGGCAGCUCUAACCAACGCACUUCCGGUCAACAAACCUCAACCGGCAUCGGGUGAUGAUAAGCCAGCGCCAGGCGAGGAAGGAGGUACGCUAACGAAGAAUAAAUUUGGCGUCGUUACAAAUCUAAGUGCUGUAUCGGCAGCGAGUGCAGGUAAUCGAUCAGUUGGUGAUCAAGUGGCAACGGGCGCGGAUCAGCAGAACAAACUUCUAACUCAAACCGGCAAGGCACGAUACUCUUCCAGCAGUAGCGAAGUAGACAAAGACACCGCUUCCGAAACUUCAUUCUCCGGUGUCGAAGACGACUGGUCAUCGGACGAGGAGGAGGAAAUGGCAAACGACAAGCCAGAUAAGAAGAAGUUUGACCCGCAGAAGCGGGUAAAGCUGAACGUCGAACAGAUGCGCAAAUGUUACUCUAAGGAGGAAAAAUCUCCGAUCGUGUUGGUGGCACGCCCGAGGCCUCUGUGGAAGGUAAAGCGACACGGACAUCGGCACAAUCGGCAUGCAGACCUGACCAGCAGCAGUGGAAGUGACGACGAGUCCGAAUCGGCCACGGAUCAGACCUCAUCGGAGACCGCUUCCACGGUGGAUGCCUCCUCGGACAUCAACACCGACAGCAGUGUGAACAGUAGCCGCGGUAACAAUAAGAAAAAACCGCCAAAGUUCAGCAGUAAAACCAGUGAAGUGGGCAGUGAUAUCUAUGACAAUCCGAUGGUGAUUCCUUUACACUCGGAACCAGCUAGUAGAAAAAGUUCGGGAAAAGAUGAGAACAACAACGAACGCAGUCAGUCUGGGUCGCAGCAGAACGAGGAUGAUGACGAGAACAACAAAAACACCGGAAAUCAUGAAAUCCGUAGCACCAGUACUAGCAGCCACGAUUCAGGAUUCUACGGCGGUGGAACGGCACCGAUUAGCCCCAAGAAAGCAAUGGAAACAUCCUACACGUAUGCACAAUUUCAGAAAACGGGUAAACUGACAGCUCCGGCCACAGUGAUACCACGUUUUAGGAAAUACAACGUUGAUGAUUUCCAUUUUUUGACUGUGUUAGGAAAAGGUAGUUUUGGAAAGGUAUUUUUAGCUGAACUAAGGAACACAGAGUACUAUUACGCGGUGAAAUGUUUGAAGAAGGAUGUCGUGCUGGAGGAUGACGACGUCGACUGUACGCUGAUCGAGCGAAAAGUGUUAGCACUGGGCACUAAACAUCCAUUUUUGUGCCACCUGUUUUGUACGUUUCAAACAGAUAGUCAUUUAUUUUUCGUCAUGGAGUACCUGAACGGGGGCGAUUUAAUGUUCCACAUACAGCAGAGCGGCCGUUUCACAGAGCCACAGGCGCGGUUCUACGCUGCCGAGAUAGUAUCCGGCCUAAAGUUCCUCCACCGGAAGGGCAUUGUAUAUCGGGAUUUGAAGCUGGAUAAUGUCCUGCUGGACUACGAUGGUCACGUGCGAAUAGCGGACUUUGGCAUGUGCAAGCUAGAGAUCUAUUUGGACCGGUUGGCUGACAGUUUUUGUGGCACACCGGAUUAUAUGGCGCCUGAAAUCAUUAAAGGUCAAAAGUACAAUCAAGCCGUCGAUUGGUGGUCGUUCGGUGUGCUGGUAUAUGAGAUGUUGGUUGGACAGUCACCCUUUAGUGGCUGCGACGAGGACGAACUGUUCUGGUCAAUCUGUAACGAAAUUCCAUGGUUCCCGCACUAUCUAUCCAAGGAAGCACUCAAACUAUUGAAGUCGCUCCUUGAGAAAGAUGCUACGAUACGGUUAGGUUGCCUCAAUACGUUGGAAGAGGAUAGCGAUGUAAAGUAUCAUUCGUUCUUCCAAAGCAUCGACUGGCAAAAGCUGGAAAGAAGAGGACUGGAACCACCUUUCAAGCCGCAAGUGCGACAUCCUCUGGACACACAGUAUUUCGAUAAGCAGUUUACGCGCGAGAGAGCGCGCCUUACACCCAUCGACCGCAACAUCCUGGCUUCGAUGAAUCAGGCCCAGUUCGAGGGGUUCACCUAUACCAAUCCGAACAAUACGCUAACGAAAUUGCGGGAAAAACAACGAAAGAAACAAAAGAAAAUGUAUUUUUGUCCUCAAUGUGGUGAUAUUAAAGUAACGUAUAAUAUAUUUUAAAAAGAGCAGAAAGGAAAUUCAAUUGUGAGAAAGCUUAACUAGCGAUUUUUUAUGUAUAGGAUUUUCAACCGAUACUUUUGAGGCUGCAAUAAUUAAAAAAAAUAAGCUAAGCGUGAAAGUCGUGAAAAGUGAGAAAGGUUUAAUGAUUCUGCUAUAUUUUGUAUUUUGAUGCAAAUCCAGGAGUGAAUAUUUUUAUACAAAAAGAAAUGAAUUGGAAACCGAGAAACGUUGACUUUUUUUUAUUAAACCACAUUUUUGACAGCUGCGUAAACUAAUGUUGUGACUGACUCGACCCUCAAUGUUGCCCCAUUUAUGCUCACAAUCCCAGCACCCUGUGACUGUUCGAGUGCCUUCGUGUAAGCAAAAGCAUUCUAGUACUGUUACCACUUUCAUACAAUGAUUUUGACAUCACAACUCGAAAAAAACAAACAACACUAAUAAAACAAUACUUUUGACAUUUUUUGACCUCCCUUCCCCUGCCCACGGCGAAUACAAAACAGGUCCAUUGAAGUCACCUGCCACCCAUUACGCUGUCGCUCAGAAAGCCAUUACAGAAGAUUCUACGUUUAGACCCACAAGCUACAGCCUGCUUAUUUUAUUACGGAAGUUCAUGUAUACUUUAUGCUAGUUUUUUACCUGUAAACGAUAUUUGAUUUUUGCGUUCUAAAUACUACAGCAGAAACAUAAUCCAGCCGGUUAUCUGAGUUGUGAAAAAAUCUCAGUUAUCUAUUUCGUAGACUCGUAUUUGUUGGAAACAAUUGGACUUUUUAAAUGUCGUCAAUCGUAUACUUUUCCCUUGUGAAU